AUGAUGGAAAUGCGAUUCCAUUCGAUGGAUGUCAUGAAUGCAAAAUUUGAUGUGAAGAAUAAUGUGUUCUUUGUGAAUUUUGGGUUUGUAAAGCUUGUAUCAUGCCAGGAUGGGUUCUUAAUCAAUAUCAUAAUAAAUCCACAAUUAAGUGUGGAGAUGGAAUAGUUGUUGAUCAUAUGA